AUGACAGACCACAAGGCAAACACAACAAUCAUAAGUCACCCUCAACUCAUCCACUUCAAACGCAAGCUCGACGACUUGGAAGAAGUACAUCGCGAAGGAAAGCGAGAACAUGCAGCCGAGAUCGAACGUCUAAAAGCCGACCACGACCGAACUCGCAAAGCCAACAAAGACCAAGCCGAACAAAUCGCCCGACUCAAGAAACACAACGAACUAAUAGAAUCCCGCGCACAAGACCUCAAGAAGGAAAUCCUAGCCGCGCAAAGUGAAGCUCGGGAACUACGAGUCAAGCUCCGCGUCGUCGAAGCCGAGCGGGACAAACUCGCGAAUAAGCAGACAGAUGCAGCAGGUUUGCGGAAAGCGAUCAGCACAGCGGAGAAGUUGAAGAAGGAUGAGAUCCAGGAAAAGGAGAAGCGGAUAGCGGAGCUUCAGCGUUUGUUGGCUGCGGAGAAACAAUGUGUUGAGGAAGCGGAGACGAAAGCUCGGGAACAGAGGACGAAGCUGGAGAAGGAAGCUAGAGAGGCUCGCGUCAAGAACACGAUCACCGAGCAACGAUUACAACGUGCUCAAGCGGAGCUUAAGGAGACAGAAUCCAGAAAGAAUGCUUUGGAACGCGAAGCAGUUUCGACGUCCGACUCUCUGGCCACACGAGUACUCGAACUCGAAGCAACGCUCAAGCAGGCCACCGAAGAGUACAGUCGUCUCUCCUCCUCGUCAGCUCCUGAAGCAGCGUACGAGACGCUCAAGCUCGAAGCGUCACGCUUACACCUUCAAGUUGCUCGGUUGGAGAGGAAGUUAGGAAACUCAGAGGAACAGGUCCUCGAACUCGCACAACUCAUUCGACAAACACAACUUACCAACACUCUUCUAUCUGAACAACUACGCGACGCAUACACAGAGUUAGAUUGGCAGACCAAGGAAUCGAAGGCUGCUGCUUCGCUGGCAUUAACUCGCCCAGUCGAUGAUUCGUUGACCGGAGAGAUCAAUGAGUUCUUACUGGAGGAAAUGCAAGACAGAGAGGAAGAACAAGAAGUUCUUCUUGAACUCGGUCAAGCACAACUCAGAUUCAGCUACGAAACAGGCAAACAGCUUGUCGACCACCUUUCAAGUACCGAACGCUCUUUAAUAUCCGAACGCACGGAGGCAGCGCGAUUGAAAAGCAAACUCGCAGAAUCCGAAGUAGCUAUUACGAAGCUCUCGCAGGAGGCUGAAGUUCGUAGGAAAGAACGCGACGAACUUCAAAACAAAGUCACUUCACAGUCAACAGAAAUAUUCAACCUCCAAUCGAAACUCUCCGAUUCGGAGAAAGCGUUAGUAGCUGCGGAGAGCCGCUCACGAACAGAGCUCGCCAAACGUGAAGACCUCCUUCGAAAAGAACGCGAAUUAACGAGUCGUCUCAACUCUUCCGUGCAUAAAGCCAAGAUGGCCGAAGACGCGUUGAAAGCUGGGAUUGAGCAAUUGACAUCAGAACUCGCCGGAGCAGACGCAUACCGAGAAGCAUACGCCAGCAUCGCAGAAGAGAUGCGCGGACUCGUCGCACGCAACGCUCUCGCCGAAGACGAAGCCAAUCGCCUCAGCCAAUUCAACGCUGAGAUCUUAAGUCAUCGAAACCCUACACAGAAAAUCUUAUACGUAGACCGUAUACGACGCGAACUUGCAGAGACUAAACAGAAACUCAUACAAAGCACACAAGACACCGAAUCCGCACUCUCCGAAAUCUCCACCCUCCGCGAUGAACUAGCAAUGUACAAGUCCGUAACUGUCCCUCCAGAAGGCAAACCACGCACAGCAAUGACGCGUGUUCGACGAAUACCCCUCGGCGCACAGAAGCUUAACGUCCAAGUGCAAGCCGAAAGGAGACAAGAGCAAGAAUAUGCGAGCUAUUCAGAGAGAUGUACGUAUGACUUUGAUGGAGAGAUGACGAUAGAUGAGUUGUCAUGA